AUGGCUCCUCCAGUCUGGACUCUGGUGCUGCUGGUGGGGGCCGCCUGGGGCCAGGGCCACAUGCCUGCCCCUGUCCGGAAGGGGAAGCCUUCAGAAUGGAAGCCAGUUGCUCGCAACUCUAGGGAUAACUCUGUUCUCACUCAGUGUGACUUUGAGGAUAACUCCAACCCCCUCUGUGAUUGGACCCAAGGGUCCACAGAUGACGGGGACUGGACUCGAGCCAGUGGACCCUCCCCCACCGGCAGUAUGGGUCCCCCCGGGGGCUACCCCAACGGAGAGGGCUACUACCUGCACAUGGCAUCAAGCACCUUCCACCGGGGCGGGGUGGCCCGCCUACGCAGCCCCCCCAUAUGGGAGCAAGGCCCCCUCUGCGUGCACUUCGCCUACCACCUGUUUGGGCUUUCGUGGGGCGCCGAGCUCAAACUACUGCUGCUCAGGGACACUAAGAAGAAGCGCCCCAGCCUGCUCUGGAAACAUACUAACACCCAGAGCCCCUCCUGGAUUCCCACCGCUGUCACCGUGCCUAUGGGCCUUGCCCUGCCCAGUCAGGUGAUGUUUGAAGGAGUGAGGGGCAGCACGGCUUACCUGGACAUCGCUCUGGAUGCCAUCUCCAUCCAUAGGGGCUCCUGCAAUCGGAUCUGCAUGAUGCAAAUGUGCAGCUUUGACAUUCCAAAUGAUCUCUGUGGCUGGAGCUGGAUCCCGACAGCCUCUGGGGCCAAGUGGGUCCAGAAGAAGGGGUCGUCCGGGGUGCUGAAAGUGGGGCCUGAGGACGAUUUCUCUAGCCCUGGUGGUGGCUUCUACAUGCUCCUGGACCCCAAGAAUGCAAAACCGCGGCAGAAAUCUGUCCUCCUGAGCCCCCUGAGCCAGUCCUCUGGCUGUUUGAGCCUGUCCUUCCACUACAUCCUCUAUGGCCAGUCACCUGGUGCAGCCCUCGCCGUCUAUGCUUCUGUCUUGGGCAGCAUCAGGAAACACACUCUCUUCUCAGGACAACCUGGACCCAAUUGGCAGCCUGUUACUGUCAAUUACACAGCCCAGGGAGAAAUUCAGUUCACUGUGGUGGGUGUGUUUGGAGAGACCCCAGAGCCAGCUGUGGCAGUGGAUGCGAUCAGCAUUGCUCCCUGUGGGGAGAGCUUUCCUCAGUGUGACUUUGAUGAUGAUGCCCAUCCCUUCUGUGACUGGGCCCAGGCAUCAGGGGAUGGUGGACACUGGACCCGGGGAAGUAAAAAUAUGCACAUGCAGGGUACAGGCGCUUUUGGAGGUUCCCUUAAUGGAGAAGGUCGCUAUAUCUAUGUCGAGGCUGACAAGUUCUCUGAGGCAGGCCAGUCUUGCAGACUGGUGAGCCGGCCCUUCUGUGCCCCGAGUGCGAUCUGUGUGGAGUUUGCUUACCACAUGUACGGCCUAGGAGAGGGCGCUAAACUCAAUCUCCUGCUGGAGAGUCCCACAGGCAGUUUCCCGACUUCUCUCUGGCACCGCGUUGGGUCUCAGAGCCCCGACUGGCUGAACACCUCGGUCACUAUCCCUUCGGGGCAUCAACAGCCCAUGCAGCUGAUAUUGGAGGCCAUCAGAGGGACCAACACUGCCUUUGUUGUCGCUGUGGGUUUUAUCUUGAUCAAUCACGGGACUUGUAGAGUUCCCCCCACUGGCCCUUCUGAAACCCUUGUUUCCACAGAAAAACCUAGGACUCCCACAGAAAAGCCUACAGUCCCCAAAGAAAAACCUAUGACCACCACAGAAAAACCCACUGUCCCCAGUGAAAUAUCCACUGUCCCCACAGAAAAACCCAUGCCCACUGUCCACACAGAAAGACCUACUGUCCACACUGAAAGGACCACCAUCCACACUGAAAGGUCCACUGUCCCCACAGAAAAAUCUACCCUUCCCACAGAGAAACCCACCACCCCUACUGAAAAGACCACCAUCUCCACAGAAAAACCUACCCUUCCUAAAGAAAAACCCACCGUCCCCACUGAAAGGCCCACGGUGCCCACAGAAAAACCCACUGUCCCCACUGAAAGUUCCACCAUCCCCACAGAAAAAUCUACCCUUCCCACAGAAAAACCCACCAUCCACACAGAAAAACCUACCCUUCCCACAGAAAAACCCACCGUCCUUACUGAAAGGCCUACCAUCCCCACAGAAAAACCCACCACCCCUACUGAAAAGACCACCAUCCCCACAGAAAAACCUACCCAUCCCACAGAGAAACCCACCAUCCUCACAGAAAAAUCUACCCUUCCCACAGGGAAACCCACCACCCCUACUGAAAAGACCACCAUCCCCACAGAAAAACCUACCCUUCCUAAAGAAAAACCCACCAUCCCCACUGAAAGGCCCACCAUCCCCACAGAAAAACCUAUCCUUCCCACAGAAAAACCUACCCUUCCCACAGAAAAACCCACCGUCCUUACUGAAAGGCCUACCAUCCCCACAGAAAAACCCAUCCUUCCCACAGAAAAAGCUACCAUCCACACAGAAAAACCUACCCUUCCCACAGAAAAACCUACCCUUCCCGCAGAAAAACCCACCCUUCCCGCAGAAAAACCCACCAUCCCCACUGAAAGGUCUACAGUUCCCACAGAAAAACCCACUGUCCCCACUGAAAGGCCCACCAUCCCCACAGAAAAACCCACCAUCCACACAGAAAAAUCUACACUUCCCACAGAAAAACCCACCACCCCUACUGAAAAGACCACCAUCCCCACAGAAAAACCCACCAUCCCCACAGAAAAACCCACUGUCCUCACUGAAAAGACCACAGUUCCUACAAUACCCCAGCCCAGCCCAACACUUGUACCCAUUGGGCCAACAGUCUUGGUGAUGUCUUCCACUGCUCCAAGUACCUCCACGACCGCUACAACCCCUGGACGCACUCCAGCGAGGUGUCCCCCAAAUGCCCAUUAUGAGCGCUGCACCUGCCCAGCAUACUGUGAGAGACCCAAGCCCAACUGUGGGCCCCCCUGCAAACCUGGCUGUGUCUGCAAUUCUGGCUUCUUGUUUCGGGGAUCCCUCUGCAUCAAUGCCUCGUCCUGCAAUUGCUUCUACAACAACAAUUACUAUAAGCCUGGGGCAGAGUGGUUCAGCUCCAACUGCACAGAACGUUGCCGCUGCAGGCCUGGCAGUCGGAUGGAGUGCCAGAUCUCUCAGUGUGGGACUCACACAGUGUGCCAGCUGAAGAACGGCCACUACGGAUGCCAACCCUACGGCACCGCCACCUGCGCCGUCUACGGAGACCCGCACUAUCUCACCUUUGAUGGAAGACACUUCAACUUGAUGGGCAAACGCACCUACGUCUUGGCCCAACCUUGUGGCAACUCGACAGAGCCAUUCUUCAGGGUGGCGGCAAAGAAUGAAGAUCGAGGACAGGAAGGCAUGUCCUGCCUGAGCAAAGUCUACGUGACCCUGCAUGAGAUCACCAUCACCCUGCUCAGAAACAGGCGCACGCUGGUUGGGGGGAAGCAAGUCUGUCUCCCAGCGGUACCUUCUAAAGGAAUCUUCCUGGCUUCAAGUGGGCGGUUUGUGGAGCUGCAGACGGUGUUUGGUCUGCGGGUGAGAUGGGAUGGCAACCAGCAGCUGUAUAUAAGUGUGCCCAGCACCUACUCUAGCAAACUCUGUGGCUUCUGUGGCAACUAUGACGGGGACGGUAGCAAUGACAACCAGAAGCCCGACGGCAGCCCAGCGCUGGACGAUGAGGAGCUGAGCAACAGCUGGCAGACGGCAGAGGAUGAGGACAAGGAGUGCCAGAAGAACCUGACAGUUCCUCCCUCGUGCAAGUCAGGCUUGCAGAACAGUCUGUCGGGACUACAGUUCUGUGGACGGCUCUUGGACACCCGCGGAGCCUUUGAGGCAUGUCUGCCUCACCUCAAGGCCUCCUCGUUCUUCAAGAGCUGCACGUUUGACAUGUGUAAAUUCCAGGGGCUGCAGCCAGUGCUGUGUGCCCAUAUGGCAGCCUUGACUGAGAUCUGCCAGGAUGCUGGCUAUGCCGUGAAGCCUUGGAGGGGACCCCAAUUCUGCCCAAUGACCUGCCCGCCCAACAGCACGUACACGCUGUGUGCCAGGGUGUGCCCCGCCACCUGCCAUUCUGGGUUCUCUGGCAUGGCCUGCCAGGACCGGUGUGUGGAGGGCUGUGAGUGCAACCCGGGCUUCGUCCUCAGCGGUCUCCAGUGUGUCCCCCACUCCCAGUGUGGGUGCCUCGAGCCCACAGUGGGCUACUUCAAGGUAGGGGAGCGGUGGUUCAAGCCAGGCUGCAGACAGCUCUGUACCUGCGAGAGCAACAAUAAAAUUCGCUGCACGCAGUGGAGGUGUCAGGCCCAGGAGGUCUGUCGUCAGCAGGAUGGCAUCUAUGGCUGCCAUGCCCUAGGGGCCGCCACCUGCACCAUCUCAGGGGACCUCCACUACCUGACGUUCGACGGAGCCUUGCACCACUUCAUGGGCACCUGCAGCUACAUCCUGACCAGGCCUUGCCAGUCUAGGUCCCUAGAGAACUACUUCAUCGUGAGCGCCACCAAUGAGUUUCGCAGUGGGAACUUGGAGGCCUCUUAUGUCAGAUCCGUUCACCUGCACAUCUUCAACCUGAGAAUCUCGCUCAUCAAAGGCCACAAGGUCAUGCUGAAUGGUCGCCGAGUGGCCCUGCCUGUGUGGCCUGCACAAGGCCGGGUGAGCAUAAGGCCUAGCGGUUCCUUUAUCCUCCUCUACACGGACUUUGGGCUUCAAAUUCGCUACGAUGGGAAGCAUCUGGCCGAAGUGACAGUGCCCUCCUCCUAUGCUGGCCGGCUCUGCGGGCUGUGUGGCAACUACAACAACAAUAGCCUGGAUGACAAUCUGCUCCUGGACAAAAGGCCUGUGGCCAGCUCGGAUGGCCUGGGCGUCGCCUGGAAGUUCCCUGAUUACUCUGAAACAGGCUGCUUUGCUAAGGGUCCGAAGCCCUCCAGAUGCCAGGAGAACAGAGGGGCAAACAGCUGGGAAAAGAACUGUGAUGUCUUAAUGGACCCUCAGGGACCCUUCUCUCAGUGCCACGGGGUGGUGCCUCCCCAGUCCAGCUUUGCCAGCUGUGUGUAUGGCCAGUGUGGGACCAAGGGGGACACCCUGACCCUGUGCCGCUCGCUGCAGGCCUAUGCAUCCCUGUGUGCCCAUGCCGGCCGGGCCCCUUCCUGGCGGAAUGGCACCUUCUGCCCUCUGAAGUGCCCGUCCAGCAGCAGCUACAGCCCCUGUGCCAACCCCUGCCCAGCCACCUGCCUCAGCCUGACGGCCCCCAGAGACUGCCCAGCAGCACUGCCCUGUACGGAGGGCUGUGAGUGCCAGAAAGGUCACAUCCUGAGUGGAACCUCCUGUGUGCCCCUCAGCCAGUGCGGCUGCGUCGACCAGGAGGGCUACUACCACCCGGUCGGGGAGAGAUGGUACGCGGACCACGCCUGUUCCAGGCUCUGUACCUGCUCCACUCGCCACGCCAUCUCCUGCCAGCAGGCCGCCUGCAAGCCUGGCCAGACGUGCUGGCCCCUGGAUGGGCUGCUACGCUGCCGGGCUUCAGGUAUGGGAGUGUGCCGUACCUCAAACCACUCUCAGUACCUGAGCUUCGAUGGCACUUACCACACCAUCAGGGACACCUGCACUGGUAUCCUGGUGAAAGUGUGCCACCCCACCAUGGACCUGCCUUUCUUCAAGAUCAGCGUCAAGUAUGGGAAGAAGAGAGGCCAGUCCGCUGUUUCCUACCUCCACCAGGUCAACGUUGACUUCUUUAAUACCCUCAUUACCUUGAUAAAGGACCACCGUGUGCUGAUCAACGGCACACAGGUCACCUUUCCCUUCGCCACCGAGAUCCGAGGGCUCAGAAUCCGUAUUGUUGGCAACAACACCGUACUCUAUUUUAACACCGGGGUCCAGGUCAAGUUUGACGGCAAAGAUUUCUUUGAGGUCCAGCUCCCUGCAGCCUAUUACCAAAAGGUCUGUGGCUUGUGCGGAAACUUCAAUGGUGAGGAAGAGGAUGAGCUCAUGAUGCCCAAUGACGAAUUAGCCCAGAAUGACGCUGAAUUUGUGGAGAGUUGGCAAGAUAAGGAGUCUCACCCAAAUUGCCAAAAAGAGAGCCAGGAGACCCAAGCAAUACAGCUGGAGAAUCUAAAUAUAGGCUGCAGGAGAGAUGACCUAGUGAGAGCCCAGGAACAAUGCCAGGCGGCCUUUCAGACUCCAGCCUGGACUGAGUGUGCCACCUACGUGUUCCUCAAGCCCUUCCUGCUCAAGUGUGUCCACAACCUCUGUCAGUUUGGAGGCCUACGCCAUGCCCUCUGUGGAUCUCUGGAAAACUUCGCAGCCGCCUGCCGGGCCCGGGGGCUCCAGCCCCCAAUCUGGAGAAACAGCAGUUUCUGCCCUCUGGAAUGCCCCAUCCACACCCAGUAUUCGUCCUGCGUUCCCUCCUGCUUACCUUCCUGCGUGGACCCAUCAGGCCAGUGCAGUGACACCCAAGUCCCCACCAUCUGCAAGGAGGGCUGCAUUUGUCAGUCCAGCUUCGUGCUCAGUGGGAAAGAGUGUGUACCCAGGAGUCAGUGUGGCGGCUGCACAGACGACUAUGGCAGCUCCUUCCCUGAGGGUAAGACCUGGAUCACCAUUCGCUGCACCAGAAGGUGUGCCUGCACUUCGGGAACCGUUCACUGCCAGCAGUUCAGCUGCCCCUCUGGCUCCCGUUGUGAGCCCCAGUCUGACGGCACGGGCACCUGUGACGUUAACACAUCAGAGCAAUGCUCAGUUUACGGGGACCCCCAUUACCGUACAUUUGAUGGCCUCAGCUACCUCUUCCGGGGCCGCAUGACUUACACUCUGAUAAAGACGGUGGACGCGCUCCCCACUGGGGUGGCGCCUCUGAUCGUCGAGGGGCACAACAAAGUGUAUUUGCCCUGGAGCCCCGUCUACCUGCACGAAAUCAUCGUGGUGAUCUAUGGCUACACAGUCCAGCUCCAGGCUCAUCUGGAGCUCGUGGUCAACAACCAGAAGGUGGACAUCCCUUACCAGCCCGAUGACCGUCUGCGGGUUAACCUGCGAGGCCAUCGCCUGUUUCUGAUCACUGACUUCGAGAUGCUUGUCAGCUUUGACGGAGGCAAAAAUGCAGUGAUCACGCUGCCCAACAAGUACAAGGGGCUCGUGCGUGGCCUGUGCGGUAACUUUGACGGGAACAAGAGGAAUGACUUCGUGCUGCCCAACGGCACCAUCACCCAAGACCUCAUCGGCUUUGGCAACAGUUGGGAGGUACACAGGAUCAGUGGCGGCCUCGCCCGCUUCGCAAGGGCCAUACCGGAGGAGGAAGAGGAGGAAGGGGAGGAGUCAGGCUCCGACACUUCGGAAUGCACCCCUGAGCGGCUGGCGCUCGUCAACAGCACCCAGGCGUGUAGGGUGCUGGUGGACCCCCAGGGCCCCUUUGCUGCCUGUCACCAGACUGUGGCCCCCGAGCCCUUCCAGCAGCACUGUGUGUUUGAUCUGUGUACCGCCCGGACCCCCAAAGAGCAGGAGGAACUUCGCUGCCAGGUCCUCAGCGGCUACGCCAUCAUCUGCCAGGAGGCGGGAGCCACCCCGGCCGGCUGGCGGGACCUCACCGGCUGUGCCUUGGCGUGUCCGGCCAACACCGUCUAUCAGAGCUGUAUGACACCCUGCCCAGCCUCCUGUGCCAACCUGGCAGCCCCUAGGGACUGCAAGGGACCCUGUGUGGAAGGCUGUGCCAGCCUCCCAGGCUACAUCUACAGUGGUGCCCGGAGCCUCCCCGUGGCCCACUGUGGCUGCACCGGCAACGGCAUCUACUACCAGCGGGGUGACAGCUAUGUGACCGAGGGUUGCUCUCAGCGCUGCACCUGCGCCAGCUCGGGGGUGCUGCUGUGUGAGCCCCUCCGCUGUCGUGCCGGGGAGAUCUGCACCCUGGGGAACCUCACUCGUGGCUGCUUCCGAGAAAGCCCAUGUCUACGGAACCCCUGUCAAAAUGAUGGACGGUGCCAGGAGCAGGGAACCCACUUUACCUGUGAGUGUGAACUCGGUUACGGGGGGCACCUCUGCACAGAGCCCCAGGAUGUGCCACCCCCUGGAAAACCAGAAGCAUCCAGCUUUGUGGCCAUCCUGUUGGGGAUGCUCGUGCCUGUGGUGGUCAUAGUGCCGGCAGUGACCUGGGAAUGUGUUUCCAGGAAGAGGAGGAGGAGGUGA